AUGCCUUCAGAUAGGAGGCAAACACAGAGGAGGAACAGGUCAAGUCGCCGUGCCACGCGUGUGCCUCACUUACGGGUGGCAACUUAUGACGUGGCGGCAACUGGGUCGAAUCCCGAGAGCAGCCCUCCCGGGUCUGAGGACACCAUGGCUGACAGGCCUGAGCCAGGAUGGCUGGAAUCUCUAAAGAUGCGGGUCACCAAACCCUGCGGGAUGCUCAUACUCUCCAUCUGGAUCCUGCUGUUGGUGUGCUACUAUUUGUGCUCCGGGCCCCCAUAUUUUGUGCUUCCAAGUGGGUUUAUCCUGCAAAACAGUGAAAACACUAAUGGCCAAUCUCUGGAAGAUUACGCAUCGGAAGCUCUGCUGGAUUUUUUCUUUCCAACAACUUGCAUUCUGAGCGAAAAUCAGGUGGUAAAGCCUUGUAAUGAGCUGAGAGAUCUUAAUGAGAAUGAAUGUUUGAGCGGCAAAUGCUGUUUUUCAUCAUUGGGGAACAUGCGCUUCAAAUGUUUUGCUCCAGUAAGAGAUGAGCCUAAACAGAUGAUGCGAAUGUUUGGGCUUGGUGCCAUCAGCCUGAUCAUCCUGGGAUAUCUGCCUAUUUAUUGCUGCUGUCUUUUCUGGAGGAGCAAAUGGGCCAAUUAUUUACGAAGGAAGGUCAGCAGAGUUGUAACGGGUUCGAAGAAACAAAGAAGGAAACGAACGAGGAGGUCGUUCCUGUUACAGAGAGCAGCAACAGGAGAUGAGGGAGAUGGUGAAGAGUAGCAAGAGACCAAAGCAUUAUUUUCCCCUUGAGACAACAAAGCAUUCAGAGCAGAGGGGACUGUCUCCGCCAUCCAAACCUCGUGGAGCAAUUUGGAAAGUUAAAAAUUGGUUCUCAUUUUUGUCAUGUUUACUUUCAAACAUGAAAUAAAAUUGAGUUCUGUUUUCGUGCAUCAAA